AUGACGUCACCGCAGCAGCAAGCUGACUGCGGCCUGACGCUGCUGGGGCUGACCGGCGUGGAGGACCGGCUGGCCGACCACGUGCCGCGCUCCAGCAAGCUGACCUGCGGCCUGACGCUGCUGGGGCUGACCGGCGUGGAGGACCGGCUGGCCGACCACGUGCCGCGCUCGCUCGCCAUGCUGCGGACCGCGGGCAUCAAGAUAUGGAUGCUAACAGGCGACAAACUGGAGACAGCGCUAUGCAUCGCACGUUCACUCCACCUGGGCGGCGGGACCAACUGGUUUACAGCCAACACUUGCACCUCGCGGCGUGAUGCGUAUGCCUUACUGCAGGCUCUCACGCAGCAUACCGACGAUAUGGAUCUGAUCAUAGAGGGGGAGACGCUGGAGGAAUGCCUCCGCUCAUACGAAGAAGAGUUCGUAGAAGUGCUACAGCGAUGCAGCGGCGUAGUCGUAGCGCGAUGCUCGCCCACACAGAAGGCGCGCGUAGCACGGCUGCUACGAGCGCGGGGGCUGGUCGUAGCAGCAGUUGGAGACGGAGGAAAUGACGUCGCUAUGAUACAGGAGGCCGAUAUGGGUGAGUACUGCGGCUGUUGGCUCUUAUUAUGACGCGUACUGAAGUGACAAUCGUAGUAAGUAAUAUAGCAGUGCUACAACAGCGGCGUAGUCGUAGCACGGCUGCUACGAGCG